CGCCAACUCUGAGACGGAUCCCAUCCCAUCCCAUCCCAUCAUGUAUUUCCAACAGAUACGUCACUCCAGAUAGCUGCUCCGCUACAGCAAUCAAUCCAAGCCAUUUAUCAUUUAUCCCCCUCCACCCUUGUUUAUUUUCAUUCUCACCCACCAAAAACCAACGCGUCUAGAACGAGGAAACCUAGAAAAACUUCUUCGUGCUUCUUAGUAUGUUAAUGAUAGUUAAUAAUAGCCUCUCACAUCGUCGAUGGCCUGCAGAAUAAUAAUAACCUUGGUUUUACCCUACAUACUUACUCGUGUAAAGGAAGAAAAGAUCGAGUCGAAUUUUCCUAUCUUUGUUUGCAUAACAUAGCUACCUAUCUGAUUAGCACGCACAUCCUUUCGCUCCCAGCCGAGAAGCUUAAUACCCAUUUCAUUCUUUAGCUUCUUCAACCCUUCCGUUCCUUGACUUUUCCCAUAUGAGCCCGCACUAAUCAUUUAACUUUUCUUAACAUCUUCCCAUAAGAAGAACUUGAUUUUAAUCAAUAUCAAAUCAACAACAGUCUUCGCAAACUGGUUGAUAGAGAUCGCGCUCUUUGCCAGUCGAGUGAAACCAUAUCAGUGAUCGACGCUGUCAACAUUUACCCCACCAUAACCUCACAAUGGUACAAAUUGAUUCCCAUGAAUAUCUGUCUGAAGAAGAGAAACGUUUGAAGGAAGAUCGUGAGAGGAAGAAGUACUGGAAGAAAUGGGGUCCUUAUGUUGCUGAGAGACAAUGGGCUACAGGUACUUGUUCUCAACAAACUGUUUGUGAGCUUAUCAAUGCUAAUAUUUACCAACAGUGCGAGAGGACUACAGUGCCGACGGUGAUGCGUGGAGUCGUGAGUUUCACUUCUAGAUAGCACUUUAUACACUUCUAACGAUUGGCAGAUUUCCCUCAUGAACAUGCGAGAUCCAGAGCUUUUAGAUGGGGAGAGGAUGGUAUUGCCGGAGUCUCGGAUACACAUGGUUUUCAGAAUAUUGCUUUUGCUUUCUGGAACGAGGAGGAGUAUGUUGUAUUGCUAUUUGAUAACAUACGCUCAGGAACUGAUUUGUAUACAGUGACUUUUUAAAGGAACGUCUCUUCGGAUUGUCGAACCCUCAAGGAAAUCAUGGAGAGAGUAUUAAGGAGGCACAUUUCCACGUUGAUAAUACUCCAACGGUUAGUCGAAUAAUCAACACUUUACAUGAAGAGAAAACUGACAAAGUCAUUUAGCAUUCCUACAUGAAAUAUUUGUACAAAUACCCCCAAAAGAAAUUUCCAUACGAAGAUUUGAUCAAAGAGAACGCCAGAAGAGGCAAGGAGGAAAAAGAAUAUCAAAUUCUCGAUACCGGCAUUUUCGACGACGACCGAUAUUGGGAUAUCUAUAUUGAAACUGCGAAAGAUGAAGAUGAUCCAGAUGAGCUUCUUUUCCGAGUCACAGCAUGGAAUCGAGGCCCUGAGCCAGCGCCACUACAUAUCAUUCCUCACCUCUGGUUUAGAAAUACUUGGGCUUGGGGUCAUGAAGCCGAAGACAAGAAGCCAAAAAUCAACAAAGUUGGAGAGAAUGUUGCCCACGCUCGUCAUCAUAAGCUAGGCGAACGAUACAUGAUCUUGUCUCCUUCCCCUGGUGUUGGACCCAGUGGCGUUGAUGUUCAACCUGAAUUGAUCUUCACCGAGAACGACACAAACAAUGUUCUUCUUUACAAAGGGAAGAAUGCUCAACCAUAUGUCAAGGACGCAUUCCAUCGUUAUAUCGUAGACCGAGAGAAGAAGGCAGUUAAUCCCAAGGAAAAUGGAACCAAAUCUGCAGCUUGGUAUAGUUUCAAUGAAGGUGGCGGAGUGGCACCAGGAGAGUGUGCAGUGGUCAGAUUCAGAAUGUCCCAAAAGUACUCUGACUACUUGGAUGAAGAAGAAUUCGAUAAUACUAUGGACAAACGAAAGGAUGAAGCUGACGAGUUCUUUUACCGAAUCAGUCCUUUACCAAUGGCUGAUGAUCUUCGAAACAUUCAAAGACAGGCUUUUGCUGGUAUGAUGUGGUGUAAACAAUUCUACCACUUCAUUUGGGAGCAGUGGGCGAAUGGUGAUCCAGCUCAACCUCCACCUCCACCAGAUCGUAAAGCUGUCCGAAACUUAAAUUGGAAACAUAUGUAUCUGGAUGAUAUUUUAUCCAUGCCAGAUUCCUGGGAGUAUCCUUUCUUCGCAGCAUGGGAUUCAGCUUUCCACUGUAUUCCACUUGCCAUGAUUGAUCCGGAUUUCGCUAAGAAGCAAUUGGAUCUUUUCACAAGAGAAUGGUACAUGCAUCCUAAUGGACAACUUCCUGCCUAUGAAUGGAAUUUUGGAGAUGUUAAUCCACCUGUUCAUGCUUGGGCUACUUUCCGUACAUUCAAGAUUGAGAGAAAAUUAUAUGGACGUCAAGAUCUCGAUUUCCUUGAACGAGUUUUCCAAAAAUUACUUCUCAAUUUCACUUGGUGGGUUAACCGCAAGGAUUUUGAUGGAAAGAAUGUAUUUGAAGGUGGUUUCCUUGGCUUGGAUAACAUUGGUCUUUUCAAUCGUUCUGAGCCAUUGCCAACUGGAGGUACUUUGGAACAAGCAGAUAGUACGGGUUGGAUGGCCUUUUACUGUCUGUGUAUGUUGAACAUCUCAUUGGAAUUGGCUAAGCAUCGUCGGAUCUACGAAGAUAUCGCCUCUAAAUUCUUCGAGCAUUUCAUGCUUAUUAGUGAUGCCAUGACUUACAAGUCUGGUUCGGCAGAAAAAUCUCUAUGGAACGAUGACGAUGGCUUUUACUAUGAUGCUAUCUCGUAUGGUGGACCAUGGACUCAGCAACUACCUGUCAGAUCUUUGGUAGGAUUGAUUCCAUUAUACGCUACCCUUACCUUGGAGCCAGAGCUCAUCAACAAAUUACCAAAUUUCAAAAAGAGAGUCGAUUGGUUUGUUGAGAAUCGACAUGAUGUUGCUGAACGUAAUAUGGCUAGUAUUCAGAAGAGAGGAAAGGGUAACAGAAUCUUGUUAUCACUUGUCAGCAAAGAUCGUCUCGAGAAAAUUCUAAAACGCAUGUUGGAUGAAGAUGAGUUCCUUAGUGAACAUGGUAUUCGAUCAUUGUCAAAAUUUCACGAGAAGAACCCAGUCUCCAUGGACGUAAAUGGACAAGAAUUCAAGGUUCAAUAUGUACCUGGUGAUUCAGACAGUGGUAUGUUUGGUGGAAAUAGUAAUUGGAGAGGUCCAAUUUGGCUUUGUGUCAACUUUUUACUUGUUGAGUCUCUACAACGUUUCUACAUGUUCUAUGGACCAUCAUUGCAAGUCGAAUGUCCAACUGGAUCAGGAGAUAUGAUGCAUCUUGGACAUGUUUCUGAAGAGAUCCAACAUCGACUCCAACAUCUUAUGGCACGUGGUGAUGAUGGACGUCGUGCUAUUAAUGAUGGUAAUGAUAUUUUGGACUUUGAUCCUAAUUGGAAGGAUAACCUAUGGUUCUAUGAAUUCUUUGAUGGAGAUAGUGGGCGUGGUUUGGGUGCUACGCAUCAAUGUGGUUGGACUGGUUUAAUCGCUAGGAUGAUUCACGAUACCGGGUAAGCACUUUAACAUCCAAAAUUACGCCCAUUUAUAAAUAAGUAUUUACUAACAUAACCCAGAAUCUCCUGCCGUCUCCCACAAACACCUCGUACCCCCUCUACAGGAAUGAACCACUACUUCGACGACAUCUUCACACGUCACAUCGCUGGCGCAAAUGGCAAAUCCCAAAAAUCCCCUAGACCAUAUCAUCUCCGUCGUACCUCCACUGCUAGAUCCAUUGGUGCCCGCUCAGAUUUCGGUGAUCAUGAUCAUGAACAUGAUGAAGAAGAACAACGUGAUCAUGAAGGAAGUGUGGCUCCAAUGGAUGAACAGAGAUUGAGAGAAAGGGAAGAAGCUGAUAGACAUGUGGCCAAUUAUAUUAGUGAGCAGUUACAUCGCGUUAGAAGUCAUGAUAGUGCGUGGGAAGACAGGGUCGGGGAUGAGUUUGAGGCGCAAUUGGAUGAAAAUUAGAGUUUGGCCGUAGGUGGUUGUGAAGAGAGGAGAGAAAUGAUAGAUAGAUAGAUGAUGAUGGAUGUUGUAUGGAGUACAUAAGAUACAGCGGAGGAUAUAUAUAGGUACAGGUGCAGGCGCGGGAGGUACACGAGAUACAGAUAGAUAAGAGCUAGAGCUAGAGCUAGAGCAGAGUAGAGUAGAGUUCAAAGAGACAAAAAAUUUCAGGUAGAUAGGUUUUAGAUAGAUGCUUGCAUGGUAUUCAUAUUCA